GCGGCGCCGCGUCGCAGCGGGUCGGGGCAAAAGCCCGCUGCCGCACUUCGCCGCAAGCACCCCUUCUUUUGCGGCCAGCCCAACGCCGCUGCUGCCGACGCGCACACCUUCCACCUUCUGGCUUACUGCAGCUGUGCGGCGAAUGCCGCAUAACAAUAGCAGCGGCAGUAGCGGCAGUGGCAGUAGCGGCAGUGGCAGUAGCGGCAGUGGCAGUAGCGGCGGCAGUAGCGGUGGUGGCAGCGGCGCUGCAAGUGACGCCGCAGCCCAGCAGGAGGCGCUGCUGCAGCGGGUGCUGACGGCUCUCCGGUCAGACCCCGAUUACAGGCGGCGCUCCAUUUACAAGUGCCGCAAUGGGCACGUGUACCUGGUGGGCGGCUGCACGAACCCUGAGGAGCGAGCCACGUGCCCCGCCUGCGGCGCCAGCAUCGGCAUCGGCAGCGGCGACCGGCGUGUGCCGGGCAUGUGAUGGGCUGCCCCUGCCCGGGGAGGUGUUGCCUUGGGCUACACUGGGUGUUGUGAGAGGUGAGUGGGUGAGAGAGGUGGCCAGUGGAUGGCGGCGAGUGAGCCCCUGGCCCCUGAUCUCAUGAUUGUUGUGGAGAUACGGCAGCAGUGCAACCCAGCGGGGUCUAGCCUGUCAGGCUGCAUCUGUUGGGGCCCCAGCCGGUUCCAAAGCGGCGCCGGAGGACAGUCUGUCAACCUACUUGACGGCACACAUUUGUGCUGGAACGUUGCAUUGCGAGAAUGAGAGACUGGUUAUGAUUGAUCUUGUGGACUGGCCUUGCUGUUGAUUGCACACGCCGCGCAGGCAGUCUCCGCAACUCAAAGAUGUAACCGGCAUUGCAU